UGACGUCGUAGUCACAGCCUUCGAAUUUCGCCACUUUAUUUAAUACUAUCGCGGACUUUAAAAUGUUUUAUCCUACAAUAAAUAUGAGCUUUCUUAGUGUUUGUUACGAGAGCCCAUUGGUAAAUUAAUUACCAUUACUUUAUCCCGGCAAAGUAGGAAGGGGAGCGGGCAUGCCCGGAGAAUGCUGUCGACGUCUCGGUCGAGGGGCUCCGGGCGCGUGCCCGAGGGCUCGCCCCGGACUCAGGUCAUAGCGCCCAUGUCGGAGCGGCAGCAGUUGGCUUUAGUGAUGCAAAUAUCAUCACAAGAUGCCCUGCCAGCGGCUCCGACCUCUCCAUCUCCACCAGAAGAAAAGAAACGAACUAGAAACCAGCGACAGGAACGUGCAGAAGUAAAUCAUAACACGGCAUCUUUGAGAAACGAACAGGAUCAUAUAAAACAAAUGUAUGAAAACAGAUCUGAACCCUGUGUUUACAUUGAUAAUUUACGAGGUACACACAUCAUUCGGGCAAGGGAUGACAGCAGUAAGAAAGGUGGCAAUGCAAGUGGCAACAGUGACAGUAACAAAAGAAACAACAUGGAUGGCCUAGCGCAGGCAGACCAUUUUGACACUAAAGAUUCAUCAGGUCAAGAUAAAGGAAAUACAUCUGACAACAGAGAUGAAGCAUCACAACUCAGUAGCGGCGUUGUGACAGCUACUCAAGAUGACCCAGGUAGUGCUUCCAAGAAAUCAUACUCAGAUGAAAGUCAUGAGAAUGAUGCAGUGGAUGAUGAAGUGUCUAAAAGAAAGAAACGGAAGGAGAAUGAUGACAAAGAACCAAUGGCAAAGCCUGCUCCUGUCUCACGAGGAGCAACUGGAAGGAUUCUAACAGGAUCCAAGCCACCAGGCCCAGCAAGCAAAACUGGAGCAUCGCCGCUUAGUAAAGGUGGAUCUUCCCAAAGCUCGAGUAAAGGAGGCAGCAGUGCUUCAUCUGGAAAGGGACAGCAGGCGCAGGGGAAGGGGAGCACAAGUACUAAGGGUAAAUCAUCCGGUGGUUCAAAGGGAACUGCAGGCUCGCAAGUAAGCAAACAAGAUAGGAAGAGUCCAGUGGCGAGUCCUAAACCUAAUUCCGGUAAGGACAACGCCGACGGCGAUUCGGAGGAGCAGAAAUGCGAAUCGGCCGCUCCGAAAGUUCCGCCCCUUAAAAUCGUUAUACCGGGCGGAGCCAGCGGUUCAGCCAACAGGAAUGAACAAGAAGGAAGCUCGGGCCAGAGAGGUGGAGGGAAAGGUCGAGGCAGUGUCUCAACUCUGCCCUAUGUGAUUCCAUGCACGAGCAACGACACCGGGCAAACAUCUGACAGCUCUGACGGUAACUGCGAAGAGAAACGCACUGGUGAAGGCGGGAAGCAAACAGAGCCACGCCGACAAGCUGGACAAAGAGUACUUCGUUCGCAUAGGACGAACGAUGGAGAUAAAGAAAAAGACAAGGAGCGGACUUCCCCGCAGACAAGCUCCGACAGUCGCUCAGGGUCGGGACAGAAUCAGUCAGCUCUGAAUUCCAAUAAAAGUCCAACACCCUCGGGCUCUGGUCAAGACGGAGAUCACUCUUCAUCAGGCACAGGUGGCGGUGGUGGCAGAUCUGAGUCAAACACAGGUUCUGGCGCAUCUGUGGAACUACAUCCUCGCAAAAGGAAAAUCAAAGCGUCCAAAGACAGCCAUUCUAGAGACUCGUCGAAGAACGAUCCGGCUCCAGAUAGUACCAGCACUAGCCACAAUAUAACACAUUCCAAUCCUUACCAAAUGUACAUUCACAUUCGGAAACAGAUCGAUCGCCGUCAACGAAGCCUUUUUCCUGUCAAACCGAAACCACCUAAGGAUUUCAAUAAAUAUUUGAUGAAUAGGUGCACUUACACCCUUCAGAGCAACGUCAAUCCGGACCCGCAAAUAGAGAUCCCAGUCAAUCUGCCACCACAGAUGGUGAAUGAGUUCAUCGCUCAGGAAAAAGAACGAGCCACGGGUCACACGUCCGCACACGACCAAGGCACAAAGGCGAGAGGAAACUACACUAUUGAUCUUCGAAACUACACUAUUGAUCAAAAUAAGUAAAACUAAAACCAAGACGGACCGCUCUUUUACCGUUACUGGGAAAUAUUAUGAACAAUGCAAAAAAUACAUAGAGCUACGACCAAAUGAGUGCAGCAAUCCCAGUUUUUUUCUAAACUAUAUUGCCGGAAAAUGCACGACGCAGAGAGUUGGGCAUUGACAAAUUUGGAGCUUUAGGCAAAGUUAUUGCCAGCUAUCUUCAACUUAUCGACCCCGAAUUGUACACAGGACACUGCUUUCGCCGAACAUCUGCGACCUUGCUAGUUGACGCUGGUGGAGAUAUAACGGCACUAAAGCGACACGGUGGCUGGAAGUCAACGACAGUUGCAGAAGGCUAUAUAGAUGAUUCAAUGACUAACAAGAUCGCUGUAUCCAAUUCAAUACUUAACAGUAUUGAAAAUAACAGAAAUGAGGUCAACAUUAACAUACCCCCUCUGAGUAUCUCCAAUAACGCUUCCUGUCCGGUUCAAAUUCAGUUUCAUAAUUGUAAUAUUCAGAACAUCAAUAAUUAUUACAAGUAAAAAUAAAUUUGUUGUUAUAUUCAGCGUUUUAUUUGCAAUAUUGUUUUACGUAUUAUAGUAUGAGCGUAGUUAAAGUAGUGUAUGAUACUGUACAUAACCUGGUCUUAUAACACUCGUGUGAUACUAUAAAAAAACGCGCCUACGCACAGUGGUCUGAAAAUCGAGCGCCAUACUCAUAAAAAUUCAAUGUCUGAAAUUAAUAAAAAAAAAAAAGUUUUGUAUUUAGUGUAUCUCCCUCUAUUUAAUAUUAUAGUAUGAAGGGUAUAAGUAAUACCACGCCUGAGAAAAAAAAAAUAGUUUUUUUUUGUAUGGGAGAAAUCACUUACAGUGCAUUUUUUUUAAACUGAAUAGAACUGAAAGGCUGGUACUCAUAUAAGCUAUUGCACCUUACACGGCGAACAAGAUGACAUAUAAUACUUGUGCCUUUCGAUGCCGCUUUGCAUGUAGCAACCUUUGAAAAUUUGGAAUUUUCAGUAUAUAACUUUUCAAAUCUUUAACGUAAUUAAAUGAAGUAACCGACUAUAUUACUGAUAUUGUCGUUAGUUAAUGACCUAUUAUAGACCUUUAAUAGUGAUAAUAACAGAAAAAAGAUUAUUAUGUUUUCUUAUUUUCAAUUUUAUUCAAUUAAGUAACUCAUUUGGUAAUUACUCUCAUUAUUAUUGAGUUUUAAUUAGCUACUUAUAACAUAAUCAUUAAUGGGGCAACAAGCUUAAUGAGGGUAGUUACAUAUGAAUAGGGUGAUUUGGCUAACUUCACUUUCUGCUCUUGUGCGCGCUUACUAUACUUAUUAAGUUCGAUUUUGCCCGUAAUAUAAUGAAAGGUUUUGGUACCAAUUUAGAUAUUUUCAUGUUUGUUGCAAAUAAUAGCUGUUUCUCACAGCCCAGUGUGUUAUUUGAAGUUUUCGAGAAUGCCGUUGAUUUGACAGCGAAUGAAAAUAAAGAAUUGAAACAAGUCUGCCAGACUUAUGUGUGUUCUUUAAGGAAUAAAUGGAUCACAGGCAAUCGUACGAGACACACAUUCAUAAAGAAGUAUGAGACAUGGCUGCAAGAAGACAUAAAAUGGCCCGAGUUCAUGAAGGAAAAGAUGACAAAUUCUUUAGGGUCUGUAAUGCAACAACCAUGUUCGAGUUCUAACUUCGGUAUAAAUGAGGGUGCAUCAACAUUAUACAAACCGGAGAGAUGCAGUGUUGGAACAUCGACGUCAGUCGCGAGUCAGAGAAAAGCGUUUACUGAGCUAAGCCCACUACAGAAGAGAAGAAGAGUGGACGAGUUCCUAAACCACAGCACUGAAAGCCUUACUUAUGCAACUGGCUUAAGUGCAGAAAACAAGAAUGUAGCAGAUAUAAUAAAAUUAGUCACAGAGCAUCCUGAAGAGGCUACAAAGAUAAAGGAUUUAUUGAAGUCCAAGAAAACUGUACCCAUAUAUUCGCCGAUGAAGCUUUAGGUUUACUGACCUCGUUGAAACUUUCUAAGUGAUAGUAUACAACAUUAAGAGCUUGUGCAAAAGAAGAAGGAAUACCACUAUAUCCUUCAUAUACAGCUAUGUUAGAGGCGAAGAAGGACUGCUACCCACCAAAAGGUGCCAUAGAAAUCACAGAAAGAGGGGUAAAAGUAAAGCUUCAAGCGAUUUUGGACAAAACUGUUGCAAGACUUGGUAAAUUCCUACGUUUGGAAUUUUCACUGGAUGGCAAAGAGCUAACACUGAUAUGCAAGUGGGGCUUUGAUGGUGCUUCAGGGCAAAGUUUGUACAAGCAAACUAUAACUGGUGAAGAUGAUUGCAGCAUUUUUAUGUGUUAUUUUGUGCCUCUACGCUUAGUUUGUGGCGAAGAAAAGAUAUGGGAGAAUCCAAAGCGAACUUCCACAAUGUUCUGCAGGCCACUCUAUUUCAUUUUUAUUAAUGAAAAUAAUUUGAAUAUUAAGGAAGAACAGGCUUUGGUUGAAGCUGAGAUUACAGCACUGGAACCGUCUAUUAUGGGAAUUCAUACUGUUAAACACUCAAUGCUUAUGACUACGAUAGAUGGCAAAAUCACUGAGUAACUAUCAAAAACCUCAACCCAGACUUGUGA